AUGAGAUCAAAGUUUCGAGUACAUCCUGGAGUCAUUCGUUUAGAGCUCACUCUUCCCGCGGCAGUUCAAAUGAACUCAUUCUGCGUGGACGAGCUAGUAUUGUCUUUCGAUGAACUUCAGCCUUUUUCUGACGUUCUGCAGGACGAAACGCAGCUUCCUAGAUUGCUUAAGUUGUACAAGAAUCUUGAUAAACACAACGAUGCCAGCUUCAUACGACAUGUCCUAGUGCUUGUUUCUUGUAUGGAAAAGUGCCUUCAAGCCGAUCCACCACUUGUGAAGAAGCUACAAAAUUGUCUUGUUGAGUUCACAUCGCUUAUCGAAAACACGAAAGAGACGACUUCGAAGAAUUAUUAUGAAAUAGCAGUUGGGAUUUUAUUUAAAUACAGUAGCGCUCUGCUUCUCAUACAGGAGGAGACUGAUUCCGAGCUUGGACUUUUUCUGGAUGCUGUAGCCUACCAUUAUCUUUGUUCUGCUUCGUCGACAGACCCAAACAUAUCUGCAUGGAUUGCUUUACAAGCUCUUGAAGCAGGCGCAGCAAUCACAUACAGUUACGUCGUUGAGAAGAAAAACAUUGAGCUGUGCGAACGAGAUGACUUGGCAGAAUUUUGCGUCGACAGUUUAAUACCGUCAGAUGGUCGGAUUCACCGACUACACGCUGGAGUAUUUCGAGAUGUUAUUUCAACAGCUCCUACUAUUUGGCCAGCAAUCACUGUCAAGCGGGUACAAGAGUUGUUUGAAAGACUUACUCCUGUACUUCAUAAACCUGAUGUUCUACGAAUAAUUUUGUGGAUGAUUGGACAUGACAGUACAUUUGAGAACCUGUCGUUGUUCGAUCCCAUGUUCUCAAAAUCACCGCUCAAAGAAAGCAAUGAUCCAGAUUCUUCCAAUCUGACAGCAAUAGAUGUGAAGUGUUUCCUAUUCACGCUUUCUCUUUGGAGUGAUUCUGUAGCUGAUCCGGCCCUAGUGCCUGCGCGUCUUCGAAUUAGGGCAGACCAUUUCAAUUGCUGGAAAGCAGUGUGCCAACUCUUGGACAGCGAUUCUAACAGUGAAACAGCAAAGUCACUUCUUCUGCAAUCCAGAAUCAUGGACUCGGUGAGGUUGCGUCAUCGUGUUGUUGAUUUGAGAAGACUGUUCGAAAUGUUCCGUUGGCUGGAAGCAAAUGCAAGGAAUGACCUUUGGUUGACACUUUAUGCAACGAACAUAAGCGAAAUUAUAACUGGAGUCCACUCGCAUCGAAGGAAAUGCGAUGACCUCUUUCCCUAUGGAACUGAAACUGAUGUAGAUCUUUCCGUUGAUGAAGUCGAUCGAAUCCAAGAACAUGUAUCGAGGUACCUGGCUUCUCAGUUCCUGAGCAAAAAUGAGUUUUCCUACGCGGAGCAGCUGCUCAUCUACGCAAACUCACUUGAAUGUAAAACAUUAUUGAUAAAGGUAUACGAUAAAUGGCUUAAUGAGGGCACUCUUGAAGAACCCAAGCGCGGUCAACUUUUAAAACGGAUACGCGACUUAGAGACGGAGUGUUCCAAUUCCAUUUUACAUGGACGGUCAACAUCGACUAACUCGGUCGCUUCAAUUCUAUCAGCUGGUGAUAAUGCCGCUUCUACUACACAAUCAACAAGUCAUAAAAUUCUUGUGGAUGCUUGCACGAAUACACCGAUCCGUGGUGAUACUUCGAUGCUAUCUCGUGGUGACGAUGCUUCAUUUUUCUCCGUGAGAAGUGAUAGAAUAAGUGCAACAGAGGAGUCUUUUGAAAGUGCAAUCGCUAGCCCACUUGGGCCGAAUGUAUCAUCGAAGUCGAAUGUUUCGUCGCCGCCUCGUUCUGUUCAACCAACAUCUCCUUUGGCUUGUGGAGGUGCUGACAUGGUACACGUUAAGGGAAACACCAUUAAGGAAGAGAAACCGUUGGUGACUUCUCAUUCAACAUCAACUAAUGGGGUGAUAGUAGUAACAGAGAAAUCUGACGAUGGUGUUCUUCCAGAAGACCUUAGUCACCCACCGCUGACACCUUCAAAGUCUGGGAUCACGAAGAGCCCAGGAGUCAUUAUCAAGAAUUCGAAUGCGCCUAUGAUGACAGGUUCUCCUGUGCCCAUAGUGGUUACGAAAUCACCGUUUGGACCACCAGUGAUCAACAAAGAAGUAGCCGCUUCUUUUUGGAAGAGUGGAAAGUCUAGCGGUGCUUCCCUACUCGGAUUGUUUAACAAAUCCGGAUCGAAUGUUCAGCCAGGAAUUACACCUAAUACUUCCACAGUGGGAGUGCCUGGGGUUAUUGGAACGGUCCCCCCUACUGUGUUGCUGCCUAAGACACAAUCUCCUCCUGUAUUCUCUAGCAGCAACUCUACAAUCAUACAAUCUAAAUCUGGUGGAAACUUGGAAAUGACGAGUGCUGCAUCGACAAGUGUGUUUGGCGGAUCUGCACAGACGCUUCAUAUUCCUUCAAGUAGUGCAAGUACAAGUGGACCGUCGUUUCUAAAUAGUGUCUCUGCUCCAAAUCUCUUACCCAGACAACCUCCAAUCAUGCCUAAUUCAUUAACUCCGCAAGAAUUUGGAUUGAAUGAGCCUUUCUCCAAGCCAGGAAUUAUGCCCCAGAUGAAACCCCAAUACGAGUUUAGAAACUCUCUAUCAUCGCCUAUCACUGCUAAUGGUCUAACUGACAAUCAGGACGAAGAUGAGCAAUUUUGCAAUAAUCUUUUAAUUGAAAUGUCUCGGAAGAAACUAGAGAGUUGUGGGAAGAAAUCAAUCGCAAAAGAGGUCAGCCUCGACGAUAUGAGUGUGCUGCAACGACGGAUUUCUGAAAUUGAAAAACAGAUGCGAGGCGUGCGAAGCCAGCUACAUGUUAACACAGACAUGGCACCCAUACCUUCAAGUGCAGCACCGAGAUCGGCGCCUACUCAAGCGGAGCUGCUUCGACGACGUCAAAAACAGGAUCUACUGGAGCUCGAGCAGCAAGUUGCACAAUACGUUAGCCCUGCUGAUGUUCAAGGAGCUCCAUCUGCUGGCUCGGGUGACAACUCUUCGACAUGUGCUGAUCCUAUGAAUCUGUUUCGUGGACUUCUUAUGUCGAGUAAUGCGGCCGAUUCACAAAUUGCUUCGAAACAAAGCAAUUUACCUUCCAGCUACAAGAGUGGUUCUCAAGAAAGCACACCAAUUCGUCUGUCCAAGCCGAAUCCCCUAGAAAAUCCGCUACUAAGAAUGGAACAAAUGGCUCGUCAUCCUGGGUGCAACGGUGUUUGUCUUGGAUGUAUGGAUGAUGACUCUCAAGAUCGAGCUUUGCGUGAAUUAACUAGAUUAUCAGAAGAAUGGAAUGCCGAUACUGAUUCCGAGACUGAUUAG